UAGAUCUAGAUCUAUACUAUUUUACUUUUAUUUCUUAUCUAGAUCUAGAUCAAGAGUUAUUAUUAAGAUCAAGCUCUAGAUCUAGAAUCUAGUGUAUAGAUCUAUAUCUAGAUCCAUACUCCGAACUAACAUUAGAAUAGAAUCGCCGUUUGUUGUAAAUGCCACAAGCUCAGCCAACAUCAAACAUCACAAGCUCAGCCAACAUCAGACAAAACAAAUGGGUGCCUAAUAUGUCACUACACAGUUAGGUCAAAUGCUCUCCACGAUGAGUGCAACCAUGCGCAAUAAUCAAUCAGGGCAAUACACACUAGGAUUUUAUUGUGGAAUUCUGAAGAUUACAGAAAGUAAAAGUCUAUACAUGGCUGAAACACAAACUGAACCUGUCUUUAUACCAGGUAAGAUAUUUUUAGGACAUCAUGAAGCCGAGAUCUGCUAUGGAGGUGAAGCUGACUUACACAAGCACUAUACCGGCUGUAAGAAGAAUCCAGGUCAUGUCAACUUUAUACCUGUUAAUGAUUUUAACUUGGGUCAUCUCCCCUCACGUUACCGUGACGUCAUCAUGUUGGAGCUAAUCAAAGCUUUGUCUGCCCUAACGGUCCUGAUAAAGGUCAAGUACACCAGUCUAGAGAGACCAAAGUCUGUUCCAUGCUUCAGUGGUCAGUAUCCAUUUUAUAACACCAGAGGAAGUGACGUGUUGAGGACAGGGACAGGGUGGGUGAGGAGUGUUUUCAAGUUCACAGAGAGUUACAACAUGGGCACUUGUCCAUGUGGCAAGUGUCAACACUCGGACACACCCAGCAAAGUGUGGGGGGAGGUUACUGUGGAGACAGCCGCACACGUGGUGUUUGAUGUCAGUGAGACGAGACAGACCAGGUGUGUUGUAGGUUUUGAUGACAAUAAAAGUCAAGUGGUCAGUCUUGAUGGCUGGGAGGUGAAGUGGGCAGACAUUGAGGGAGACGUGUGUGUGUUUACAUGUGUGUCAUGUGACUUAGAGUUGGUUGAUGAACUGGACAAGAUGCGUUGGCACUUUGAAGAUCUAUGUGGGAAAGUAAGGGACAAAUACGAGAGAUUUCAUGAACUGGACCAGAUAUGGCGGAUCGUUACUGAUCUACGUGAUAACGUUAUAAACAAAUACUGGAGAUUUUUUGUUUUGGACAAGUUGGCCGUUAUAGUGUCACAUCCUCAUGGCUGUCCUAAACAGGUCUCUGUAGGACAAUGGACACACAGACAUAAGAGGGAAGGUAUGGACAAGUACACAUACACGUACACAACAUGUACAUGUCCAGGCUCCAGUGGAGCGUGUGUCUACAUGCCGAGAUAUGAAGGGUCGUCAUCACAUCCCCACAGUGGAUCAAACUCUGUAGGAAAUUAUUGUGGGGAGGAUGGGAAUAUUGGGUAUGUUCUCUCACCUUGUGCACUGAAAUUUGUGAUUAUCCCCGGUUGUGUAAUGAUUCUGUUGGUUCUCUCCCUUUGUCUAAUGUAACUGUUGGUUCUCUCCCCUUGUCUAAUGUAACUGUUGGUUCUCUCCCCUUGUCUAAUGUAAACAAACAAAUUGGCGGCUCAAUAAACUUGUGUGUGUCAAGACUUAAAUGUCUUCAUCAGCAACUUUGUAUUCUGGUGAAGACAGGAAAUAAAUUGUUUGGUUUCUUUCACAUCAUUUGUUUAGAGUUGUUAGACACCUAAACAAAGUUAUAAACAAAUGUUUAUUGCUGCAAACAUGUAUUUUGUUGCUUAUUAAUUAAUCAUUAAGAUUAAUCUGUAUGAACUUUGUGGAUUUCAUUUGUACAUUUUUCUUUAAUAAUUAAUCAACUGUUUGUAUUGAUGUCAA